CCAGGGGAUAAUUAUCUCACAAUUCAUCCUAAAAACAUAGCAGGAGACAGCGGGUUGGUACGCUCCAGGGAUGGUGGAUAACUCUCCGGUUAGCGAGGAGACUUUUCCUUACCCUGGAUCUCCGAAGGUCUACAUGGUGACGGACCUGAGCUCCUACCAGGUGAUGCCUUCGCCUUUUUCGGAGGACGACCUUAGCGAGUCCUCCAGCCCUCGGUCCUGUUCAAGUCCCGAUUCCCAGCUUCUCAGCUCCAGUUAUGGAAGCAACUCUAGCACAGAGAGUCAUGACAGUAUGCUCGAUUACUUACUGGCCCAGGCCUCGCUCGGAGGAGCUGUGCCUUCAGGAUCUGUGGCCCAAAUAUCCUCUUUCUUCUGUGACCCCCGGAGAGAUGUCAAAGAGGAACAGUUUGACUUCCUCACCUGGUCCAACGUGGAGGCGGAGGAACAACCUGGAGGCUCUUUCCAGCCCACGUUGGAGGAGAUCGAAGAGUUCCUGGAGGAGAAUAUGGAAGUGGUAACGAUGAAGCAGGAAAUCAGAGAGGGUUGUCUGGCGUUGGGACUGGAAGAGGCUCUUGGUCUUGGAGUUGGUUUGGAGUGGUGCAGGGACGCCUCUACCGUGCCUAAAAUCGAACCAGAAACCCAACAUUCAGACCAAACCGUCCCCACUGAUGCCUCCAGUGAAACCACAUCAAUCGGCUCACAUGAAUCCAGCAAAGAGUCGAAGAAGGCAUCAUCCAACAAGCCUUCAGCGGUCAUUGUGCCGAUUCAGCCUCUUCAGAUCAAGCAGGAGCCGACAUUAGCGCCUUUAACACCAACAUCUCCGACAUCCCCAUCUUCAGACAUCAAAAUCGCACAGCUUCUAGUCAACAUCCAGGGCCAGACCUUUGCUCUGGUGCCUCACAUCCUGCCCAACCCCAGCCUGAACGUCUCCUCAAAGUUUGUUCGCAUCGCUCCCGUUCCCAUUGCAUCCAAACCUCUGGGACUCGGCGAUGGAUCGGCCAACCACGGAUUGGGGAUUCUCAUCGGAGGUCAAAAGUUCCAGAAGAACCCCAUGGCGGAUAUUAUCAAAAUGCACAAAUGUACUUUUCCUGGAUGCACCAAGAUGUACACGAAGAGCAGCCACCUGAAGGCUCACCUGAGGAGGCACACGGGGGAGAAGCCUUUCGCCUGCAACUGGCAGGGCUGUGGAUGGAGGUUUUCCCGGUCAGAUGAGCUGUCCAGACACCGGCGUUCCCACUCAGGAGUGAAGCCCUACCAGUGUACGGUUUGUGAGAAGAGAUUCGCUCGCAGUGACCAUCUCUCAAAACACAUCAAAGUCCACCGCUUUCCACGAAACAGCCGGACAGUCCGCUCAGUAAUCUGAAGCUGAAACCUCUCUGACAGAAACAGGAGCACAGAGUGAAUGUUCAUCUCUUAUAUGUGAGGGUUGUGUGAGUGGAAGCAUGCCCUGUCUUUUCGUUUCAUCGCUCUGUGAUUGUCCUAAUUCAGGGGUGUCCAAACUUAUUUCCCCGAGGGCCACGUACAGAAAAAUAUACGAAGGGCUGGGCCGCUCACUAGAGGUAUAUUGCAUCAUAAGUUCUGUUAUAAGUUGGAAAAAUCAAUCAAAUGUAGGUAAAUUAUUCUUGAUACUUGAAAAUGCUUUAAGAAACAAACAGCCUA